CAUGGGGUCCCCAGUGCAGUAUCGGAGUGCAGACUUCACCCGGCAUGAGAGCUCCACCCAUCUUGCACGGGACAAAAAUAACAGGCACAUUCCCCAGUCAAUCAGGAAGAAGCAUUACUCCUACAUGCAAUGGCUACAUCCCAAAAGAGGCAAAGGAAGAGGAGGGAAUCAGACAGACUAAGAGUGUCAGACAAAGAGGUGUUCUUUCAAAACAGAGUUUAGAUUCCAAGACCAAAAAAGGUGUGACAUUUGAAGAGAUUUCCAGUGAACUUACAGAGAAUGUGGUCUUCAACAAAUGGAAAAGUGGGACUUAUUGCUAUGCCCGGGCAAUCAAGACUAACCCACACCUAUUAGGGGGUGUGGGGAACAGCAAGAUUAAAGGGAGGCGGGACUUGCGCUACACAAAUGGCAGCGUAGUUGACUCGGAGGCUAUAGGAGGGAUUUGUAUUGAUGGCAGUGAUGAGGCGGAGCCUGUCUCAACCAUGUCCUCUCGAGGAAGGGACCAAUCAAAACCUAAAGAACAUUCUGUGGCACAUUCAUAUUGUGGGAAUGCAAAACGAUCACCUGCUCCCCCACCUCUCUGGAUGCUCCAGGAAAUGUGCAGACACUGUGGAGGGAGACAGACUGUGGUCCCUGGAGCUGAAGAUGAAGAUGCGAGUCUGAAAGUUAAGAGCCCUUCCUCUGCAUGCCCUGAAGGAGCAACAGUCAUGAAAACACCUAUUUCACUCACAGACAGAAACCACCUUCUCCCUUCACAUACUGAAAAAGAGAGGAACUCUACAUGCUCCACUCUGAGGCUUGCAGACAGGGAUCUGAUACAAAGACAGCCGACACAAACAGAAUCUCAAUCCACCCACCCCCGCUGUAAACCCCCUAUUUACAACAACAAAGACAGGAAGCCCAACCUGCCUGCAAACCCAGCGCCUGCAUGGAAAACCAAAGAUCUGAAACAGACUAAUGGUUAUACCUCACAUUAUACAUACCCCCUGCAUAACUCUAUCAGAGACCCAGUAGAAACCCUAGUUCCACCUUCACAUACACACUCAGACAAGCCAAUCCGCCAAAGAACCAUCUUACACACAAAAUCUAUUACAGUCACUAAGGCAACUAUUGAACCCAGGCGUGCAGAUGCCAACACCCUUGAGACCCCAUCUCACUGGAGUAAAAUUCCUCGACCGAAAAUACUCAAAAUGUAUCCUCAGAUCGCAAUAGCCACCAGGGCAAACACGCCACGCGCACACCGUAAACAUCCAAAGACGCCCACACACCCAAAUACACAGCCCAACCCAUCAAAUACAUCAUGUACAUCUACUCACCCUUACCGUCCAAACACACCAUACAGAACCUUUCCUCCAAACCAUGUUAACCCAUCCCAUGUUAUUAGAGCCCCUAAGCCUAAAAACACAACACCACGGUCUAACACUGCUACAACAUUACAUAUAAGUGCACCCCCUUACCCUGCUAACACACACGCAACUAAACCCCCUAACUCUGCAAACUCACAUACAGCUACACCUCCCACCCCUGAAAGCACACUGACGACAACCAUAAAACUCCUAAACAGUGCUACUAAAACGAUACAUAGAACAACACUCCCUAGCCUAGCUAACACAUUACAUAUAGCUUCAACUCUAAAACCAGCAAACACACCAUGCAAAGCCACUCUCUCUUACCCUUACAACCCAUCACACACAACUACUCUCACAAGCUAUUAUAACCCAUCACACGCGACUACUCCCACAAGCUAUUAUAACCCAUCACACACAACUACUCCCACAAGCUAUUAUAACCCAUCACACACGACUACUCCCACAAGCUAUUAUAACCCAUCACACACAACUACUCCCACAAGCUAUUAUAACCCAUCACACACAACUACUCACACAAGCUAUUAUAACCCAUCCCACACAACUACUCCCACAAGCUAUUAUAACCCAUCACACACAACUACACCCACAAACUAUUAUAACCCAUCACACACAACUACUCCCACAAGCUAUUAUAACCCAUCACACACAAAUACACCUACAAAACCUUUGUUCCAUACCCUUAACCUGUCAAACACAUCACACACUCCUAGUUCCCCUGACUUUGCUAAUGCAUCCCCCAUAACACCCCCUAACGUUGAUAACGCAUCACAUACAACUACAUCCUCUCUCGGUUCAAAUGCCUUAUACACAGCUACGCAGCAUCAGUCCUCAUCCACGUCACUGCCGAUCUGUAGACCACUGAUCAUGACACAGAUACACAACAAUAAACCACCUGACCCAUCAAACAGAUCAACCACUGACACGCAGAAUAACAGCACAUUUAUAAAUACACAUAUUGAACAAACCGCUGCCCUUCACACCAGCUCUCAUAACAGAUUUGUUGUUGAUCCAAUAAUGCAUGCAACUGUAUAUGCCAAAGUAUUGUCUCUGUCUAACAAAAGUAGACACUGUGCUCCUGCCAUCGUAUCACAGACACAUCAGGAAAGACACUCUGGAAUAUUCAAUGCAUCACAGGUCACUAACCUUCCAAAACACAUCACUGAAAUAAGGAUAAACAAGGAAUGGGAACAGCAGGGACACAGUGUCACACAACAUCAGGGAGACCUUUUCACAAACCUAAAACCUGGAUCUGAGUGUCAGAUACAUUCUCACAAAGAGCACAUUCCCUCCAGCGUGUUACAUACACAUGCAAAUACCACAUUUAGAUUCAGCGUUGACAGGCAGAUAUACACAAAUUAUGCGCCAACUUCCAGCACACCACAAACACAAACAGAUCCUAAGCCCCUCAUUGCAUCACAGACAAACACUACUGCACAUGUCAAACCCAUCACCGAAACACCAAACCACAUAAACAAAGACUUCUGUUCCACACCAACCCCACACAAACACACAAGCCCCACACACCGACUCAUACCACAGGCCCGUCCAUACACAAUCACUGAACUCCUCACACACAAAGCCAUAAACCACAAGUACAACCCCCUUUUGCCGCCAUCACGCAUGGCACACCUAGAAUCCUACACCCUCACCCAUUCCAAUCAGACACACCAGAUGAUCCAUCCAGUAUUUUUGUUGUCAAGUACCAUCCCACAACCCUCCCGAGACGACCCUAGGCUGGCUCACUCCCACCCGGCUGAUACAGACCUGCUGCUGCUGCCCCCCUCCCCACAGUGCAGCAGGCCAGCCCCUUUCCAUAGGAGGCUGCAGUGUGUGGAGGCCAGCCUGGCAGCCAACCAGGACAGGAUCACUACACUUCUCAACAUCAUCCAAGACCUUGAGAUGAGCCAUGCUCUCAACAAGGGUCGGCGAUGCUACAGGACAGGCCAAGACCUCCGGGAGUGCUCCACCUGUCAGAAGACUGCUUGUAUCGUAUAUAGUGUGGAGUAUGACUUCAGGCAGCAAGAGAGACGUUUCUUGGAGGUUUUGUAUCCCCAGAGGGCUGACAACAACACUCCUCCCUCCCUGCCCCACAACAGCACCCUGCUGACGAACGCCAUCACUAAGACCAUGACCAAGUCCAAGGUUAAAAGCAAGAAGUUGUGCAAGAUGCUUUUCCAAUGGCUGCCUAGGACAAUUCAGCGAACAAAGUCCUCCUGUCACCAACUCUCUCCAGAUCAUUUGAAUUCCUAGCAUGUUAUUCAUGAGGUAUUGAGGUAUCCCGAUAAUAUAAGAUCUGAUGGUGUGUAACUCUGUAAAAUACAAGGUCAAAUCAAGAUGUCAGUAAUCUCCAGGUCGGAAAAUCAGUCGGAAUUCUGAGUCAGAUGAACGUUCCAAAUUAUUUUUCACUGUCGGAGUAAGUUUUUCUGAGAGUUCCCAAUUGUCUUGAGCACACUGAAGUCGGAAGUCAGAGAUUUCCAAGUUCCCAGUUGUUUUGAACUCGGCAUGAUGUCCCUAUCACAGCAAGUAGCACUUGUCAUUGUAGAAGACACCUACAUCACUUCCUGUCCACAUGAUGGGUGUUCUGAAAUCUGAUUUGCUCCUUAAUGACUGAUUGACACCCUAUUGUCCAAUCACGAUAUAGCAUGAACAGGAAUUGCCCUUCAUAACUACAGACCUUUGCCCAGUUGAGCAACAGUCUAUCAUAUGGAGAAAACUUCAUCCCUCAGGUUAAAAUCAUGAACUUUCAUCCAAAGCACAUGCACUAGUUGUUGAACUAGAUACAACAUCCAAAAGUUUGCUAGAAUGCAAUCACUAUUUUCAGAGCCUAUUGUAGAUGAUAGUCCAUAUUCUAUAGUAUUUUAUUGUAGCUAAGCAUCAAGUGAAGUGUUGCAGUCCUCUACCAGCUUAUCCCAGGGUCAAUGUAUAUACAUCAUAUUUUUGAAAAAUAAACCAAAGCCCACAGUACAUACUGUAAACAUUUUCUUUUCAUGUUUGAUUAAAUAUCUUAUCGCUGACA